UUGUGAAGAGGACAGCUCUUGUCCUGAGCCCAUCCGAUGCUACUACCUGUCUCUAAUGCAGUGAGGCUGAGACGCAGAGCCAGAUAACUCUUGCUUAUAAAUUCGUUUUCCUAAGGGGAAUUUCGCUCGCUAAUUUAAGGCAGCUAUAUAAUUUAACUUCGGAGUCGUUUCUCAUUUGAGUCACUUCUUGUUUGCCAUCUGGCCGUGUAAUUACUUGUAAGUAAGGCUAUGUGUAGGAUGAGAGAACACAAAUUGGAAAUCUGUGAUAAUAUGUAUGGUGAGAUGAUAAUAUGUGUGUUUUACUUUUUUGUUGGCUUUGUUUUUGCUGUUGUCCAAAAUCUAAGAUUAAGGGUGUGGGGGGUGGCAGGGAACAUUUGGGGAGGAAUCAUUCCAAAGCUUUCCCUAGAGGGAGCCCCUUAUAUAAAUUUUCUUCUUUGACUAAGAGCUUUUGUUAUAAACUAAAUGUUUUGCAUUAGUGGAUUAUUACAUUUUUCCAUUCAUUUAUAAGUCUGGCCCUAAGCUAUGAAACAAGAGGUUGUCUAACAUGUCUCCAGAACCGUUCUGCCAUGAAUUGAAAGUCGGCAGAGGUAUAAGGAUCAUUCUUUCCCUUGGUCCGUUUUCAUAGUAUUUCCCGACCUGGGUUUUCCUUUUUGUUCCAGUCCCUUUACCCCAGAAGAUAUUUUUCUAGUGCCGGCUUGUGUAUUAUUAUUUCUGAUUCUUCCCUUUCUAUUUGUUUCCCCAGUUCUGGGAGGUUAAUUGCAAAUGGACAGAAGAACCAAAUCCAGUAAUGUGUAUUAUUCAAGUUAAAGAGAGAACGUAAAUAAUGUUUGUUUGGAAUUACUAUUCUGGGGCGGGGGGGGGGGAGUGUAGAGUCAGAUUUAAAUCAUUACAGUACAAUUACAAUGCUGAUUCUCAGUCACUGGGAAAAAAAAAAAUCAAAACCAAAACCAAACAAACAAAAACCAACUUGGAAAGAAGCCAGGAGGUACUAAUUUCCAUGAAAAUGCAACGAAGUCAUCAUUUACAGCUCUGAGGAGAUUCUGUCGUAAAGUUUUACUGCUUGUAAAGGUUCCUUUGGUAUGGGAGGCAGAGCCUGGGGGCGUGGUCGGGGAAACAAUAGUUUGGCUCUUCCCCCCCACACCCCCACCAAAUCAGUUCAAAUGCCUGAAUGAACUGGAGAGCCCAAGAAUCAAAACAUACUUGCUGUAAGACUCUUGUGGGCUCCAGUAAAAAAGAUCUGGAUGUUCCUAGUAGCCUAGUGAAAAUGGGGCACACAUUUGCUUCGCCUUGACUUGCGUAGAGGAAAAUCUGCACUGUUUUUGUGGACUCCAGAGAGGAGAAACUUCUGAUCUGUUGGAGAGAAAGUGAAUAAGUGGGCACCGAGGCAGAAAGACUGAUGUGGCUAUCAUGCAAAUAAGAAUUGUGAUUGGCUUUCUCUUUCUUCCUGUACACUUUGUCACUGCGGCUCUCAGCCUUAAAGAUUAGGUUUCACUGGGAGCUUUUCAGGUUCAAGGACUGUUAAUGGGUUGAAACUGCCUGACAAUAAACUCAACCUCAACAUUACAUCAGCCCCCCGGCAGAUGUCUAAGGAUUUGAGACUGGAAGAAGAAAGUUAGAAUCUGGAGCGGAAGGAUACAGCUCGCCACCUGCUUGAUGGGUUGAGCUUCUAAUGUGAUUUAAAUUUCUAAGCUCUAUGCAGGCAUCUGGAAAUGGUGGUCUUCAUUAAUGCAAAAAUCAAGUCUUUAAUUAAACUUUUUAAGAAAAAAACUGUUUCCAACCUAGAUGAGGAGAGUAGAUGGACAGUCCACUACACGGCCCCAUGGCACCAGCAGGAGAAUGUGUUCCUUCCCGCCACGAGACCGCCCUGUGUGGAGGACCUGCACCGCCAGGCCAAGCUCAACCUCAAAUCAGUAUUGAGGGAAUGUGAUAAGCUGAGGCGGGAUGGCUACCGAAGUUCACAGUACUACUCCCAGGGGCCGACCUUUGCAGCCAGUACCAACCCCCUCUGCGAUGAUUAUCAAAACGAAGAUGAAGAAACAGAUCAAAAGUGUUCUAUUUCUUCAUCAGAAGAGGAAAGACUUAUUUCCAUCAGGAGACCUAACACGCCAACCUCAAGUGACUUCUCUGACCUUCAUACUCAAACGAACUGGACCAAGUCCCUUCCUUUGCCAACGCCAGAAGAGAAGAUGCGACAGCAAGCCCAAACAAUCCAGGCUGAUGUGGUUCCCAUUAAUAUAACUGGGGAGAAUUUCGAUCGCCAGGCCAGCCUUCGGCGGUCUCUAAUUUACACAGACACUCUGGUAAGACGACCGAAGAAAGUCAAAAGGAGAAAGACUAUUACAGGAGUCCCUGACAACAUACAGAAGGAGCUAGCAUCAGGCACCGGCCAGGAUGAGGUCGGUGCUCACUCAGUGUAUACCCCAGACCACUACUCCACACUAGGAAGGCUUGACAGCUCUCGGGCUGCUGGGCAGCGCUCAGAAACCAGGGACUCCAGCUGUCAGACUGAGGAAGUGAAAGUUGUACCACCUUCCAUGAGAAGAAUCAGGGCACAGAAGGGGCAAGGCAUCGCCGCCCAGAUGAGCCACUUCUCAGGCUCCUCUGGGAACAUGUCUGUGCUGAGCGAUUCCGCGGGUAUCGUGUUCCCUUCCCGCCUCCACAGUGAUGCUGGUUUCCACAGCCUUCCACGUUCUGGAGCAAGGGCAAACAUCCAGUCCCUCGAGCCACGGCUGGGUCCCCUGGGCCCUGCGGAAGACCUGGAUGGCGCGCGCCCCUACCAGAGCGGGAACCCACAAGUAGAUGAAAACCUAGGACACUUAGGAGGUGCCUCGAGGACCGGAACACUUUUGAGGCCCAAGUCCCAGGAGCUGAGGCACUUUGAGAACGUGAUUAGCCCAGCGUGUGUGGUUUCUCCUCACGCAACCUAUUCCACCAGCAUCAUCCCAAACGCCACGCUCUCAUCCUCUCCAGAGGUCAUUAUUAUUCAUGCUGCUCACAGUCCAGGACAGCUGGACGGUAAAAUUACCAGCUCCUGUUCAUACCUGAAGGCAAAAUCCAGAGAGCACCUCCUGUCCAGGCAUGCUAGUAAAGAGGGCCAUCAGUCUCACGGCGGUCACUGGACUGAGGGUCACCCCACUGUUCUUUCCCAGGCCCUAGAUCCCCAUCCCCCCAGUGCAGCCAUGCUGUCCUCCCUCUGUGAUUCAGCGGUCUCUCUAAAUACUCCAGCUGGUCGGGAGAAUGGAUCCCAAGCCAUGACCUACGACUGUAAAAACAACCUGGGCUUUCCAGCGCACGCCCAGGAUGUGGAUGGCAAAAGCGAGUCCAGUUUUUCCGAGGGCGGGGGGCACGGCAGCUCGGAGCCCUGGGAAUACGGCGCCGCAGGUAACGGACGGGCAUCCCCACUGAAGGCACGUGCGGCAACUCCCGGCUUCUCCACUCCCGGAAGUAACAUGAGCAGCUGCAGUUUGGAUCAAACGUCGACCAAAGAUGAUGCCAGGUCCCUGUAUUCAGAGGAGCACGAUGGCUUCUACGCAUCUAUGCACCCCGACCCCGGACACGGAUCUGGAAACCUGUGCAAUAGCAGCGAUGGCUUCGGGAACCCCAGGCACAGUGUGGUCAAUGUUUUUGAUGGGCGAGCUCGGAAGAGCCAAGGGGACCGGCCACGUGACCACAAGUCCCUUUCGCGUAACAUCUCUUUGAAGAAAGCGAAGAAGCCGCCCCUACCACCCUCCCGGACGGACUCCCUGCGCAGGGGUCCCAAGAAGGGCGUGCAGGCCAACGGACAGGCGCUGAACGAGAGCCUGAUCGCCUCGCUCCAGCACUCGCUGCAGCUGAACCUCCCGGGCAAGGCCAGGGGCGGCAGCUCGCCCUCGCAGAGCCCCUGCAGUGACUGUGAAGAGCCCUGGCUGUCCCGCUCCCGCAGCCAGAGCACGGUGAGCGCGGGGAGCAGCAUGACCUCGGCCACCGCCCCCAACGUGUACUCCCUGUGCGGGGCCACGCCGUCGCAGAGCGACACGAGCAGCGUCAAGUCCGAGUACGCGGACCCCUGGGGGUACUACAUUGACUACACGGGCGCGCAGGAAGACCCCGGGAUCCCCGGCGGGGGCUGCCCCGGCGGCAGCGGGGCGCCGGCCGGAGACGGGCCAGCCUGCCAGGUCCAGGAGGGCUCCGGGACCGCGAUGCCCCAGGUGCCCGGUGGCGCCGUCAAACCAAAGGUCACGUCACCGGAGAAGUCCCACAGAGUCACUUCUCCAUCCAGUGGGUAUUCCAGCCAGUCGAAUACACCCACAGCGCUCACCCCUGUGCCUGUGUUUUUAAAAUGCGCGUCACCAGCAAACGGGAAGGGGAAGACCAAGCCCAAGGUGCCAGAGAGGAAGUCCUCCCUGAUAUCUUCAGUGUCCAUCUCCUCGUCGUCCACCUCCCUGUCUUCCAACACUUCCACGGAAGGAAGCGGGACGAUGAAGAAGCCGGAUUCUGCGCUGGCCUCUCCCCUUGCUGCGGUUCCUCUUCCCCCUCCCCCGCCUUUAGUAGACUCCCCCCAGGGCUCUCUGCCUCAGUCUCCCCUUUUCCCCCCUCCACCACCGGAAGCUCUCACUCCCUUCUGUCCCCUCCCUGGCCAGGGCUUUCCCCCUCCCCCCAGGGCACUUAGUCCCCUUCCUCUGGGUGCCUCGGCUUCCCUGCCGCCUCCCCCUGCCUCGGUACCCUCCUCAGCUCCCCCGCCUGCCCCACCCCUUGACCCCAAAUUGAUGAAAGAUGCCAGGCCUUCUUUCAAAAAAUCCGGCCAGCCCGAGUGCUCCUGGGAGGCCGUUAGGCAGCCCGCUAGCAAAGAGGAGGGCAGUAGACCCCCCAUGCCCCUGAUAACCACGGAAGCAUUGCAGAUGGUACAGUUGAGGCCCGUGAAAAAGAACUCAGGACCCGAGCAAGCACUGUUAUAUGAACAAGUAUCUCAGGAAACACUAACUCCGGUUGUUCCCCAGUAUCAUUUAAAGCCAUCUGCUUUCCUGAAAUCCCGAAAUAGCAUAAAUGAAAUGGAGAGUGAAAGCCAGACUGCCUCUGUGACAGGCUCGCCGCCGACUCCUGCCAAGAGCUUGAGUCAGGGUCACCAGGACGGUGCAGCCGAGCGUGGCCUCCUGAGCCGCAGCCCGGGCCGCGCCGCGGAGCCGGAGGCCGGGGCCGCCCCGCUCCAGGAGCCCCCCGGCCCGUCCCCCGGCAGGAAGCCACCCCCCAUUUCCAAGAAGCCCAAACUGUUCCUUGUGGUGCCACCUCCGCAGAGAGAUUUCACAGCGGAGCCCGCGGAGAACGUGAGCGGAGCAUCGCCCAGCCCCACAAGGGGAGAGGCAGCCGAGACUUGUAGAGCCGGGGCCGGUCCAGACGAGACCGGUCCUGGCGGCUCGGAUCUCGAGGGAGGGGCUGCAGCUCCCGCUUCCCCCGGCAGAGUGAGAGCCAAUGUCCCCAUGGUGCAGCCCGAUGUCUCGCCAGCCGCCAAGCAGGAGGAGCCAGGUGCCGAGAACAGUGCAGACGGUGGAGGCAGCGCGGAGAGCUGCCUGUCUCUACAGGACGGAGGGCCCGGGGUGCCGGAGCCGGACACAGGGGCUGCUUCCUCGGAGGCCUGCGACUUCCUUAGGGAAGAAGGGAGUGAGGAGGUGAUGACCCCCAGCAGACCCCGGACCACAGAAGACCUUUUCGCAGCUAUUCACAGAUCCAAGAGGAAAGUCCUUGGCCGUAAAGAUUCAGAUGAUGAUCACUCCCGAAACCAUUCUCCCUCCCCGCCAGUGACACCCACUGGUGCUGCCCCCAGCCUGGCCUCCCCGAAGCAAGUGGGGUCAAUUCAGAGAAGUGUCCGUAAAAGCAGCACCAGCAGUGACAACUUCAAAGCUCUGCUGCUAAAAAAGGGGAGUCGGGCAGACACGAGUGCCCGCAUGUCUGCAGCCGAGAUGCUGAAGAACACAGACCCUAGAUUCCAGAGAUCAAGGUCAGAGCCUUCACCAGACGCCCCCGAGAGCCCGUCAAGCUGCUCCCCAAGCAAGAACAGGCGGGCCCAGGAGGAGUGGGCCAAGAACGAAGGUUUAAUGCCUCGGAGUCUGUCCUUUUCCGGCCCCCGGUACGGCCGCAGCCGAACCCCGCCUUCUGCGGCCAGCAGCAGAUACAGCGUGCGGAACCGGAUCCAGAGCAGCCCCAUGACCGUCAUCUCGGAAGGCGAAGGGGAAGCCUUGGAGCCUGUAGACAACCGGGCUCGCCGGGCCCCGGGUGCUGCGAGGGGAUGCCCCCUGGAUGGACCGGUGGGGGAUGAAACGGACAAGGGCAGCCUGCUCUGUGGCGGGGAGCCCACCGCCCCGCCACAGGCACAGGGUCCCGGCCCCGCCAACGGGACAGUCACUGCGGAGCACACGUGUCCAUCAGAACGGUGUGGAGGUCCUCUGGGGGAAGAGAGCUAGGGACGAGAAUGUGAGUCUCCCAGGUAACGUGAGGGAGACGCACAACACCUCGCUCUAGGAAGUCUGACAGGUACCUUCCCUGCCUUGCCCGUGGAUCCCGCUCAGCGUUUGUGCUGUGGGCCCCGGGCGCUGCCAGCCCUACAGCGGAAGGGGGGUGUUAUUUAGGCCUCCCCUCGGCACUUGCCCUGUGGCUGAAAAGCAAGUAGAAGCUUAACUUCCAGAAGUGCUUCCUGGGGAAGAUUUCUUUUUUUUAUUCCUCCCCACGCCCCCCCCCUUUUUUUUUUUUUGACUAAAUGCUGGGUGUGUGUGUGUGUGUGUGUGUGGAAGGGUGUGCGUGUGUGCAUUUUGAACCCUUUUGUGUUAAAACAUACGCGUGCGUGCGCUCACACACACAUACACGCGCACACACACACAAACAGCAUGUACAGAAAUAGGAGAAGGAAAGACUGCUAUGCUGGGUGGAAACAUGGAAUCUUCUGGACUAGGUGGGAAUUGCUUGAAAAGUAUUCUGUUUGGGGAAACUAGUGAGUUUCUGAAGAAAGAGGGGAGAGAACCAUUCCUUCUAAGAAAGAGGUGGCAUAUUUGCUGGUGCUGCAGAGGACACGGGGUCCCGGCCCCGGCGUGCUUUCGAGGUGAGCUGUGUCGUGAUGAACCCAAAACGAUGGGAAAGGGCUAAAUGACUAAUGGGUUCAGGUACUUUUUCCUGGGGAAAAAAGGCUUGGUUUCGUGAACAUGACAAAUGUGGGGAAGUGGCAGGGCAGUCACUUGGAGCCUGCUCCAGUGCGGCCACAGACACACGCCUUCUGGCCUGAGUUUUAGACACGUGGGCAGUCUUUUCAUGACUUUCCUCCUUGAGUAGCGGCCGAGGCCUCCCUUGAGAACGAAGAUGACCGCGUACGCGCACAGAGAGGGUGAGAGGGGAGAGAAGGGAAGAGGGGCAAGUGAUAACGCUGCUGGAAGCUGUUUCCUGCUUAUGAAAUAAACUUAUUUUUCAGAAUUCCACUUGAAGACUUGCACUACAGAACUGUGGGUGGAGAUUUUCCUUUUACGGCCAUUUUUACCAGAGUGUAAACUCGCAUUUGGCAAUUUCUUAUCGCUUGACAUGUCAACAUUUGCUGACUUUUUUGGAUAUCCUUUUGGUGACACCAAAGAUAUAGGUAUGGCUAUUUUUCCUUGACCUGCCUACAUACAGUACCAUGCCCCCAUUUAGAAAGGUUUAUCAGAAUCUAUUCUAUAUUCUCAUACUUUGAAGAAAAUGCUGAAUACCUCUUGUUAGUCAAAUACACUAAUAAAAAUUGGCAGGGCUUGGCUAUUAAUUAACCCUGGGAAAUGAGAUUUUAGAUUAAAAAGAUUUUUUGCAUCA